GAUCCAUUGACUCGUCUGGGCUGGACUGGACUUGACUGGGCUGUCGCAACUCGGAAGCUGAGAAAUGCCGCUACGACGAUGACGGCAUCACAACCUCGACAACUUGGAUUCUUUUUGUAAAUGUCAACGUCUCUGUCAGCUGCUUCACUACUCCUCCCUCACGGUUCGAGCCCUCUGCUUUUCCUCCAACGAUAAUAGCGCCGCUCCUGAAUAUGCUACGCUGAGUGGGCGUCUGAUCAAUUCCAACCCUACCGUCAUAAUGGUCUCGGGAGUAGCACGCCGUGUGCUGCUCCCACGCCUCGCCGAGCCCUCGCAAGUGUCUCUGGCUACAUCGCGAUGUCAAUUAGGAGCUUCUUUCCACAAGUCCGAAGCUCUACCUCUCCAGUCGAGGCUUUUCCACGCUUCCAGCACCCGUCAAGCCGCUCUACUUCCGUUCUCAAUCGCUACCUUCCGGUCUUCGGCAAAUAAUUCUCUGGCUCGUAAUCAGCCUUCCCUCGCGCACAACCGACCCUCUCAAUUUGGUCCCGUUUCGCACGCCUUGCGACAGUUCUCGACGGCACCUCGUCUAUUGCAGGAAAUCCAGACCAAGGUCGAAGAAGGCGCCAAGAAACCUGUUGAACUUGAAGCCAAUCGAGCUAUCGCCCAAGAUGAGCACAAGCAAGAGUUUACCAAGAGCGAAAAGGCUGCUCGAGCGGCGCAGGUCAACCUGGCUGCUAAGCUCUCCAAGGAGGGAAAGCAGGCUGGUAAAGCUGGUACGGAUGAAAUUGUGCGACUGAUCAAGAUUGCUCGCCCCGAAAUCCGCUGGCUCGGUAUCGCUUUUGUCUUUCUGGUAAUUUCUUCUAGUGUCACCAUGUUGAUUCCCUUCUCUGUUGGCCGAAUUUUGGAUCUUGCUACCAAGGGCGAAUCUGAGGAUGUCCGUCUUUUUGGCUUGACCAUGAACCAGUUCUUCUUUGGUUUGGGUACUGUCUUGACUAUUGGUGCUAUGGCCAACUUUGGUCGAGUCGUCCUUCUCCGAAUUGUCGGCGAGCGCGUUGUCGCCAGACUUCGAUCUCAGCUUUAUCGGCGUACUUAUGUCCAGGAUGCUGAAUUUUUCGAUGCAAACCGAGUGGGAGAUCUCAUUUCACGACUCAGUUCUGAUACAGUUAUUGUUGGCAAGUCUGUGACGCAAAAUCUCAGUGAUGGUCUUCGUGCUCUCUUCAGUGGAGGUGCUGGUUUUGCUAUCAUGGUCUGGACAAGCCCCAAGUUGACUGGUCUUUUGCUGCUUAUGUUCCCUCCUAUCGCCGUCGGAGCCUUCAUCUACGGUCGCGCUAUUCGAAAUGUCAGUAGGUCGAUUCAGAAGAACUUAGGUACUCUUACCAAGAUCGCCGAGGAACGACUUGGUAACGUCAAGACCAGUCAAGCGUUUGUCGGUGAGGUGCAGGAAAUCGGUCGCUACAACAAUCAAAUCCGGAAGAUCUUUGCUCUUGGCAAGAAGGAGUCGCUUAUCGCUGCCACCUUCUUUGCUUCGACCGGUUGGGCUGGUAACAUGACCAUUCUCGCGAUGCUCAUCGUUGGAGGUGGCUUCGUACGCAGCGGGGCCAUGUCGCUUGGAGAUCUCACCUCAUUCAUGAUGUACACAGCUUUCGCAGGUUCAAGCUUGUUUGGUUUGUCAGGUUUCUACUCAGAGCUCAUGAAAGGAGUUGGUGCCGCGAGUCGACUCUUCGAGCUCCAGGAUCGCAAACCAGGAAUUCCACAAACAGUCGGUGUUCGAGUCAAAUCAGCACAAGGCCCCAUCAAGUUCACAGAUGUCAGCUUCGCUUAUCCUACUCGACCUGCUGUCAAAAUCUUCAAUGGAUUGGACUUCGAAAUUCCUUCAGGCAGCAAUGUCUGUGUUGUUGGCCCGUCAGGAGGGGGCAAAUCAACAGUAGCAUCUUUACUAUUAAGAUUCUACAAUCCUACGUCGGGAACUAUUACCAUCAAUGGCCAGGAUAUUUCUGGAAUGAACGUCAAGUCUCUGCGAAGGAGGAUCGGUAUGGUUUCUCAAGAGCCUGUUCUCUUCUCUGGAACUAUCGCCGAGAACAUUGCCUAUGGAAAGCCUCAGGCCAGCCGUUUCGAUAUCAUUUCCGCUGCUCGACGAGCCAACUGCAACUUCAUCAGCGAUCUACCUGACGGUUUAGAAACCCAGGUUGGUGCUCGAGGCUCUCAGCUUUCUGGAGGACAAAAGCAGCGAAUCGCCAUUGCACGAGCUCUUCUCAAAGAUCCUGAUAUUCUGAUUCUCGACGAGGCUACAUCAGCGCUAGAUGCUGAGUCCGAGACUCUUGUCAAUGAGGCUUUGGCUGGCCUCCUACGUGGCCGCAACACCACUAUCUCUAUCGCCCAUCGUCUCUCUACUAUCAAAAGAUCUGACCAAAUCAUCGUUCUCAACAGCGAGGGUAAAGUCGCCGAGAUCGGCAGCUACAAGCAGCUCGCCUCUGACAAGGAUAGCGCAUUUAGCAAGCUCAUGGAGUGGCAGAUGAGCGGCGGUGAGGUUUCCAAGGAUGGUGGCUCAACUGCUUCCCGGGCACAUAUAACAGAGGCCGAGGAGCUUGAGGAUGAUCUAGAAAGGGACGAUGAGGAAGAGAAUAUUGAGCACGAGGAAGAAAGCAGGGACUCGAAGAAUGAGGAGAAGCGUCCCUGAAUUCAGUCAGAUGGCAUAGAGCAGGCAAAUUCCCCCCAGAAGAUGUAAUGCGGUCACAGGACACAGUAUGGCGAAAGAUUAGACGAAUCAUGUAUAUUAUAUAUCCCGAUAUCUAUGUCUGAGUCUCUAUGACAGGCAAUUGUCCUAUCAGCAGCUACAGAGAGAACUCCACUCGACAUGUAUCUUAUUUUCAUUGGCGUCGGUCCGGUCUGGUUAUUAAAUCCCCAAAAUGGAAAAUACGGGUGAUAGGGUAUGGACAGCCGUGUAUAGAAAAGAAUCUCGUUUUUAUCA